AUGCCUUCACUCGUGGAGCGCCCGCGAUCGUCGCAAGAGGCGCUCCUCCGCCUCGAAAAAGGCAGCGCUUCUCCGAGUACCCAAUUACACGAAGCGGCACAGAUUUUAGGAUUGGAUCUUUCGUUGUGCGAAAGUCACCCAGAGACACACCGAAAUGACAGAAUUCAAGUCAAGGCUACUCCAAAGGAGGAGUGGGUGUUGCGAUGGUUGCUGAAGAGACUGAGAACGGGGAAGAACUACCGCGUCGAUCCUGCGUCAUUCUUGCUUCUACGACAGCUGAUCGACUUGAUUUCACCAAAGAACAUGGCGACAAUCAUGAAGGACCAGAAGUUCCUGUCAAUCAUAUGCGAGACGAUUGCGGACUUGGAGACCGACAUUUAUGCGACAGUGGGGAAUGGAUUGUCGAGCUUGGAUUCGGACUCGACGCUGUCCGGCUCUUCUGUGGAUGAGCAGCAUGGGAUGCAGGGUAUGAAGCGCAAGAGGGGCAGUGCAGAGAAUGACCCAGAUGCUAUGGAUAUCGACAGCCCGCCGCAGGACCCCGCCUCGUGCUUCCUUACGUUCAUCCGCGCACUGGACUGCUUGCACGGGGUGAUGGCUCUCGCUCAACGAACAAUCGGCACAGAUGAGAUUGCCAACUCCCAUCUCAAGCUAGCUUUGCGAGGCGAUCCUGAUGUGGUUGCUUUGUUGCUGGGUAGGGCUUUCCAGCUAGCUUCCGUGGCCAUCGCCCAAUUUACUCACGCGGGAAAAACUACCGAUCUUCAACACCUGCUGUACGUGUUUCCAGCAAUGCUAGAAUUGUGGGAGUCGAGGUCUCUCCGCCACGAUGAUACGGACAACAAAAUCAGCAAUGACUGCUUCGCGAAAUCCAGUUUCUCCCACGCUCUCAGACUUCAGUUUUGCUUGCGGAAGAUUAGCCUCGAUACCGAUGAGAGGGCAUAUCUGCUCCAUGCUGUUGAACGGAUAACUGCGCUUCAUGUGCUACUCCCAGCCCGAGCAGCGUUCUUUGAACGAGGUGGUUCUGGCAUCGAUUACUCGCCGGAAGAACCUGACUGGAGUGCAGUUCAACCAGUCACUGCCGCUUUGCGGCCAAUUAUUCGCGAGCAAUCGAGCGUUCAGGGUACCGAUGACUCUAAGAAUGGAUCUUUCCACGCCCUUUGGCAAUCAAUUGAGCUUCUUCCAGAGCUUUUUGAUAUUGCUGUACGAGCGGUUCCAAGGGAUGAUUUCAGACGCCAAACUCAUGAAGCUCCGUGGUUAGAGACUUUGUUUGUGGCCGUGGCAGAGCUGGCCUACUAUAACUCUCAGGAAGAUGAUCCUGACAACUUUUCUUCUCGCUUUGUUUCUGUACUGGAGGAGCUUCUUCGAGUGGCUCUUGAACGCAAUGUUGGCCUAUCUCUUCAUACAAUUCUCACGCAUGCGCGCUACACAGGUCUGCUUGAGGAGGGCUUAGAGAAGGUCCAGUGGACUGUCACCGCUUUGGUAAUCAGCCUUGGCGUCGAUGUCUUUCUACCAAACUCUGGUCUUCGCGAUUCCCGCAAGUUCCUUGACGCUUUACUUAGCAAGAUUCUUCUUGAAUGGCGGAAUGAUGCUACCAACAAUUCUGAAAACUAUGAUAUCAUCAAGAAUGACAUAGCGCUCCCGUUGUUGCGUGGUUUCGCGGCUGCACGAGAUCUGCCAUUUUUCUUGGAGGUCUGGCACAAUCAGCUAGUCGUGAUCGAGGAAGCCCGAGCUGAAGAUAAGACUUUAUCCUUGUUUUCGGUUUGGGAAGACGAUGACCUUUGCAAUACGUUCAGUGAAGUAAUCCGAAAGACCCUCAGUGGUUCAAUCUUGGCAACUCUUAUGCAAACUGCCGCUGUGGAGACUAGGGCUGAAGAUGGCAAGGUUUCCAAUGCUCCUCAGUCAUAUGCCAAGAUUGUCGUCAUGGAGGCUAGCUCCCGAGGAAAGGCGCUUCACUUUACCGACUCAGAGAAAACAGUGGCCCACAUUUUGGAAACAUUGACCUCCACCCUUUCUUCAAAGCAAAGCUUGCACUGGCGCUGGCGCCUGUGGCGGUUUGUGCGCAAUGUCUUGCAGAACAACAUCCACUCGCCAGAGAAUGCCCUGGGUCAAGCGGCACAGUCCCUUGUGAUUGCUGCCUCCAAGACUGUGCAUCGUAACCAUAAGAACCUGACUAAGGCGCCUCUUGCCCCGCUAGAAUCCUGGGAGGCGUACAGAUUUGCCUUGGUCUCCGUCAAAGGAAAACUCAAUGAGGAGCAACUAGAGGCUUUCAACACCAUCUCCCAGGAUAUCACAUGCCUCGUCACCUCUGUCUCGCGUGAAGAUGCUCAGAAAUCGAUGAAGGCACCCUGGAAUGGCCGGAUAGAUACCCUCGAUUCUGCGACAACUCUGGCUUUGGCUUAUAUUCUCGCACUUAUCAGGGUCCCAGAGGUCUGGGAGCGCAUCACAGCCGAUCAUCGAUCGCGUCUUUUCCAGCAGCUUCUCUCUCUGGCCGCUGCCCAGUAUCAUUCCACCUCCCUGCCCCUUGAAGCUGUGGCAGAUGAUGCUCGGUUCCUACAGGCAUGGGCGAGCAUCGUGUGCCACGAGUAUUUGCUCAGCGUGCCAUGCCUCGUGCCUGAUCUGGUACUUCUCCUUAACAAAUGCAUCGAGCACGAUUCUUCUGAUCGUCGUAUCUAUGUGGAUAGUUUGCAAAGGAUCCCAACUGCCUUGAUCACUCGCGGUUUGAGAACUGCUCUCUUGGACAAGCUAAACGAUGUACUAGUCCAGCAGGAUAGCGUCCCCGAGGUUACUCUUGGGAUCUUGACUAUGAUGGCAAAGUUGGCCGCCAUGCCGAAGUGCGAUGCCAACGUCACUGGCGAAUGGGAACCAAUAUGGACUGCCGCCCGGUCCAUCUCCCUUGAAGGCACUGAGCUGGAUCUUCAGAUCAUGAAGUCGUUCCGAAGCUUGUACCGUGCAAUCCUUGCCAAGCUGCUCGUUCUCGCAAAGGAUGAUCGGUCUGAAAUCUUCAAGAAGUUGUUUGCCAGAGUCACCAAGCAGGCUUCCAAGCUGCGACAGAUCGAUCGUGACUCCAUGCCCUGUUUCCUCUUGCGUCUGACGUUGUCAGAGCUCUGGAUACACCGCGCGAAGCUGCAAACAUCGAUUUCUGAAAACGAGCUUGCUUCUUGUCGCCAGCAUGUCUUUGGUCUGGUUCUGGCAGAUAUGAAGUCUGUCAAGGAUCAAUGCAGAAAACAAAAAUUAGAAGAAACCAUUACUCUCAUCAAAACGAUUGAUGCUCUAGAGGACUUCGAGGAUCUCGCAACAAACCACAUUGAAGUGGAGAAGUUCUUGUCCAAGAUCGAGCAUUACAUGGAGAUGUCGAUUGACUCAGAACCGUCUCGGUUGAUCCGCCGUCGUCUUCUUGCCACCAAGGGACCUGAGAGAAGCAUCACCGAGCCUGUCCUGCAAUGCGCCGAGACCAUCACGCUUCAGUCUCUCUACGCCGAGGACCAACAGCUAUUCAUCCGGGCUACAACCGAGCGUUUCCGUUCCAUGACAACUGCCAAAGUGACUCAAUCAAUCCGUGAAGUCCGCGAACUCGGUUUGACCGGCAACAACGCCGGGUACCGCAUCCUCGUGAUCUACCUCGCCGUCAUUUCUCUUCCAGCAGUCGACGACAAGGACAGCGACGUCGCACGCGAACUGUCCCUCCUUUCCGCAGCUCUAGCAGACGCCAUGACGCACAGCACCUCAAUCGAACAAUUCUGCUUCGCAGUCGAGAGUCUCGCCCUCCUCCUCCGCGUGCAUACCCGCGCCCUGGCCCAAUGCAACAUCGAUGCAAUCCUAGCCGCAAUCGCCGCCUCCGCCUCAAAGGUUGGACCGCACAUCUCGCCCGAAUACGCGCCGACAAUUUUCACCCGUCUCUGCCGACUGAUGGGUAUUGUCCUGGGUCUCCAGCGUCUAAAGGUCGGCGGUCGUUUCCACCUUGUCGUCCCAGCCAUGCAGCGUCUCCUAUCCUGUCUGUUCGCGCGUUCCCGUAAACGCUCCCGCUCAGCCCAUUUCCAAUCUUCCCUUUCUCAACCCUUCUGGCUCGCUCCACUUGAAGCUUCGCACACAUCUUCAUACACCCGUCUCCUUACAACACUUAGCGACCCCACUACGUCCGCUGUGCUCCGCCCUCAAGCCGGUGCUUCGCGUGACGCCCUUAAUGACGAGACUAAGAAGGCGAAGCGUAUUGCUGGGCAGCAUUUGCAGUAUGUCGUUAUGGAGUAUGCGCAGUGCUCGCUGCGCGGAUCGCUAUUGCCAGAUGUUAAGGCUGCGUUGAUGCCUGGUAUGUAUGCGGCUUUGGAUGUGAUGUCCAAGGAGUCGUUGCGUGCACUCAAUGCUGGACUUGAUGUCUCUGGACGGGCUAUCUUCAAGUCUCUUUAUGAUGACUAUGUCAAGUUUGGAAAGUGGAAUAAGGCAUGA